AUGGUGUGGUCCCUUUGGGACGUUGUUUGGCUCUAUCCUCUGAAGGGCAUCUUCUAUUUCCUCGGGCAUCCCUAUUUCUACCCUCUAUUCAAGGCGCGCCUAAUUCCCAUCGUGCUCCUCUCUGCCUUCAUCUACGUCAACCUGUUCCUCUGGACAUACCUUCCGCAAGUUGCGUUCCUUGCAAUCUUUCACGGCGCAGGUGCGUGGGUAAAUGCAACGUUUCUGGUGCUGGGUGAAGGCGCCGCCAUCGUUGCUCUUCUUUUCGAAGCUUUCUUUGUCGACGAGACUCUGGUGGAUACUUUUGAUGCUGUUUUAAUUGACCAAGGGCUGGCGGACCUAGUCAGCGAAGGUCGUACGCUCGACUCCACUGCUCCAAACUCGGUCCAGAUGCUUCGAAGACCAACAUCGUCUGCUAUUUAUGCGCCGUUCAGUUUCCGCCAAAUCGCCGAAUUCGUCAUUCUUCUCCCGGUCAAUCUCAUUCCUGUCGUUGGCGUCCCCAUUUUCCUCAUCCUGACCGGGUAUCGAGCCGGACCCUUUCAUCACUGGAGGUAUUUCAAGCUACGAGGGUUUUCGAAGAAAGAAAGACAAGAAUACGUCAAGAACCGGCAGCUCAGAUAUACAUGGUUCGGUAUGGUGACGCUGAUAUUGCAGCUUGUCCCUGUGCUCAGCAUGUUCUUUUUGCUUACUUCCGCAGUCGGGAGUGGGUUAUGGGCAGCGAAAAUGGAAAAUGCACAUCGCUCUAGGGAAGCCGUCGCCGCCACAUCUAGGUCGGACGAGUCAUAUCAAGAUCAUUUAGCUUGA